AUGUCAUCAGCAGGGCAAGAAGCAAAUGAACAGGACAGUGCAUCGCAACGCAAGACCCGGGCGCCAUACAUCCAACGCGCCUGCAUCGAAUGCAAACGUCGCAAACAGCGCUGCAGCGGCCAUGAUCCCUGCAAGAAUUGCGAGAGUCGAUCGGUCCGAUGCAAGUAUAGCAACAAUGACAGUCCGCCCAUUCUGAAUGAGCCGGCGACCGACUAUCUUACGGCGGUCACUAGCCAAGUCAAGGCGCUGAAUAGCCAGGUUGAGUCCAUGCAGGCCGAGAUUCGGUCUCUCAAGCAGGUGACGGGCAUUGAAGAGCUAGAGGAAACAUCUGGCAGUGAUUCUCUCAGAGACAAACGGGAGCUGUUUGAGCAGCGACAGUCCAAAAAGCGGAAGCUGCCACCUCCAGCUACCAUCGCGGUUUCCCCGCCGCCAAUCCAGGGCCCGCGCUACCAAGGCCUUACCAGUGCAGAUUACAGUCUCAAGCUGACAAGCCUCAAUCUUGCCCAGAUGCAAAAUCCCACGGGUGCAAAACCGUCGGAUCUAGAUGCCUGCUAUGAUCGCGGCGAAGGCAAAGAGAAAUCGCCAAGUGAGACCAAGGUCUCUGAGAUGGGUUCCCAGUCCUCAUCCGACCAGGUUUCUGUGCAAGUCUUUACGGAAAUAUCCCACUCAAAAGCACGAGAGCUUGUGAUAUUGUACUCUGAAGUGGUGGGGUCACUGCACCCGAUCGUGGAUAUUUCCAUCGUGCUUGAAUGUGUGGAUGGAUUGUAUGCUCGACUGGAAGCAACGAAGGAUAACCCGGAGAGGCAGACUGGUCGAUAUGAUGUGAUUGUGGUUCGAUUGAUUUUGGCUAUUGCGUUGCUAUCAGAGCAGAAACACAACUCGGCUUUGAUUGAGAGCUGCUACGAGGGAGUGGAGCAGGAGCUCAAGUCGAUUCUCUGCUCGGAGACUGUCAGUUUGCGCGGCGUGACGUUGGUAUUGCUUUGGGCUAUCUAUCACCUCUAUUCGAAUCGGGUGCGAAUGGCAUGGAGACUGUGCGGCACUUCCGCGUCUCUCGCUAUGGAGCUUGGUCUUCAUCGCCCGGAAACACUACAGAAGGCAUUUCCCAACGAUUCAGAGCGAUUCAAAGCUGUACGGGUCAUGUGGAGCAUCUUUAUUCUCGAUCACGGAUGGAGUGCUGCUCUUGGCCUGCCGCGGAACUUUGAUGAUGCGGCUCUCGAUAGCACACAGUUGGUCCCGAGCGACUCUGUUUAUUUACGAUCGAUGGCAUCGUACUGUGUUAUUAGCACCAAGAUCGUAAAUGCCACAAGCAAGGUCCCUGUCGAUGCUCAGGUCUACGAGGACGAACAGUUCCAAUUUCUGAACUAUCAGAUCGAUCGCUGGCAGCUGACUGUGCUAGACGGCUUCAUCACCAACCCUGCAGCCGGACACAACAUGACUAGCGAUCCCUUUGACUCAGUCAGUACGCUCCUUUACCUUCGCGCCAACCAACUCCGCAUCCUUUUGCUGCGGCCUCUCUUUUUCGCCGAAAGUCCUGUCAAACCAGAUCGGACAAAGAUAUCGGCUAGUCUACAGCUCGCCAUACGCACCAUAUCCGUCAUAUACCAUUUGAACUCGACAACCGACAUCUACCGCAAACAACACCCCUUCUUCAGCCACUUCCUCAUCUCCGCAACGUCUUUGAUCCUCCUCAUCAUCACGUACCGUGGAGGUCCCGAUCUCUCGACCAUUGAGCCAAGCGUCUUCAACCCACAGGAUAUUUGUAAGUCACUCCAACGAGCCAUCGAGCUGAUUACAGAGUACUCCGGCAUCUCGAACUACUCCCAGCAACUACACAGACGACUUCUAUCGAUAGUGGGACUGCUAGCGCGCCUGGAUAUUCUUUCGCUGGACGUUGAUUCUGGCAAUCCACGCGAACAGCAUAUCGCCCACGCACAGAAGCCCGCGCACUCCCCGAUGGCUGUAUAUAUGCCCGAAUCAGCGGACUUGGGCUCGUCCUUCUAUACAUCGCCGCCCUUGACCUCGGCUGGGACAGGACAGUCGCAGCAUCAGGAGUCUAUAUCUGAUACGAUCCCCUUCUAUCAAGAUGAUCACCCGCAAAUGGAUACUUUUUUGAAUGGGACUAUUUGGAACGAGCUGGAUAAAUUGCUGGUGUCUCGUCUGCAUUCGGCGGAGUCGCCUAUGGAUCUUGGCGAUUCACGGCCCGAGUACGGUACCAUGUAUGACCAUAGCCAGUAA